UCUUACCAUGCGCAACCUCUGCAGCAUCCGGCCCGGUCGUCAACGAGCAACCCAAACUUUCUCCGUUCCCCUCCCUGCUCGCCUUCGCCCCGCUGGUGCUCAUCUCUUUCCGCCGCCGAAUCCUCCUCCGCCCGCGCCGUGGUCCCUCCCUCCCUCCCUCUCUGCCGGAUCCUCCGGCCGCCGGCCGCCGCGUCGAGCGGGGUUGGAAAUCUGCCCGUCCCGGUUUUUGCUUGGCAAGAUGGCGAACAUCCGGGCGCUUCUGGUCGGCUUGUCGCGCGCAAGGGGUUCCUUAGCUGAGGCUGGCCGAUGUGCUUCCAUGAGGCCGUCACUCCUAUCAUCAGUGGGUGGACAUUACAAGGUUCCCAUGCCAGCCCAUUGGUUCUCAACAGGGCUUCCUCCACAUCUGGUGGUUGGGAUGCCAGCAUUGUCCCCUACUAUGAACCAAGGUAACAUUGCAAAAUGGAGAAAACAGGAAGGAGACAAGAUAGAGGUUGGUGAUGUGAUAUGCGAGAUAGAAACCGACAAAGCCACUCUUGAAUUUGAAAGCCUUGAAGAAGGGUAUCUGGCCAAAACUUUAGCACCUGAAGGUUCAAAAGAUGUUCAGGUUGGGCAGCCAAUUGCUGUCACGGUUGAAGAGCUUGAUGAUAUUAAAAAUAUACCCGCCGAUACAUUGUUUGGAGGUGAACAAAAGGAAGAACAGUCAACAGAAAGUGCACCAAAAACUGAUGUAGCUAAUGUGUCUGAACAAAGCUCAGUAGUGAGCCGAAUCAGUCCUGCAGCUAAGUUACUCAUCAAGGAACAUGGACUGGAUGUGUCUUCACUGAGAGCAUCAGGCCCUCGUGGGACCCUUCUGAAAGGGGAUGUUCUGGCUGCACUGAAGUCAGGCGCAAUUUCAAUCCCAGCCAAAGAAAAGAAGGCUCCAGCAACGCCCUCAUCUCAGCCAACUCGUGAUGCCCAGGCUCAACCAGCCACUACUUCACAAAAGGCCGAUACAUAUGAAGAUAUUCCGAAUAGUCAGAUACGCAAGGUUAUUGCAAAAAGGUUGCUUGAAUCAAAACAGACGACUCCUCAUUUAUAUCUAUCCAAAGAUGUUGUACUUGAUCCCUUGCUCGCUUUCAGGAGCGAACUGAAAGAGCAACAUGGCAUUAAAGUUUCAGUAAAUGAUAUCAUCAUAAAAGCUGUGGCAAUUGCCUUGCGGAACGUUCCUGAAGCAAAUGCCUACUGGAACAGUGAGAAGGAAGAAGCCCAAAAGUGUGACUCAGUUGAUAUAUCUAUUGCUGUUGCCACAGAGAAGGGUCUGAUGACUCCAAUUAUAAGAAAUGCUGAUCAAAAGACCAUAUCAGCAAUAUCCUCAGAGGUUAAGCAGCUGGCUGAGAAGGCAAGAGCUGGGAAACUUGCACCUAAUGAAUUUCAGGGGGGAACUUUCAGUAUCUCAAAUCUUGGGAUGUACCCUGUGGACCAUUUCUGUGCGAUCAUUAAUCCUCCACAGUCUGGCAUCUUAGCUGUUGGUAGAGGUAACAAGGUUGUUGAGCCUGUUGUGGACAGUGAUGGAAAUGAGAAGGCCGCUGCAGUUACAAAAAUGAGCUUGACGCUGUCUGCUGACCAUCGUGUGUUUGAUGGGCAAGUAGGAGGGAGGUUUUUCACGGAGCUGGCAUCGAAUUUCAGCGACAUUAGGAGACUGCUACUGUAAAUGGAAGGAGGUGGCUAUCGUGUUUUGAAGAAUUCUUUGCGGCAAUCUGCUCAAGAAAAGAGAACAUUUAGAUGCAAGUUGGAGCCCAGUUGCUUGAUCGACAGCCCAUACAGAAGUAACCAAUUUUGUAAUAAUUGUAAUAAGAAAGAAAGCAUUGGCACCUCCACGGUGAUUCUUUUGCCCCGUUUAACGUUAGUUGGGAGGCGGCAAGGCAUGUUCUAAGAAUUUUUAACAUGGAUAAAGAUACAGAGGAAUUUUUCAUUUUUAACAUGGUUCUGCAACA